CUGUCCUAACCAUUUAUUCAUCUGUGGAUCACAGAGAGGGAGCACAAAUUUAACACAGCCUCUAGAAUCAGACACAAUCUGUGGGGCAUUACGAACUGGUAUCUCAAGAAAAUCGCAUUGCAACUGUUGACAUCACUGAUCUGACUCUUGAAUAGGAUCUGAAUGAAAAGAAAAAAUUGUGAAGUUGUUUUUUUCCCUUCGCUAUUUGGAAUUGGAUUGUGCUCUGAAACAUAUGUCCAACCCUUCCAGGCAGAGAAAAUAGCCUAAAUGAGAAGUGGUGAUUUCUCUAUGAGGAUGAAUUGGACACACUCCUAUUCAAGACAAUUCACCAUUGCUGGCUGAAUAUAGUGUGUACGGUGCUGUGAGCAACUGUGUGUAGUAUGUACAGUGCAGUGAGGCUGUAUGUAGUGCACUGAGGCUACUGGGUGUAGUGUAUUCAGUGCAGUGAAGCUGUUGGGUAUAAUAUGUACAGUGCAGUGAGACUGGGUGUAGUAUGUACAGCACAGUGACCCUGUGUGUAGUCCAGUGAGGCUACUGGGUAUAGUGUGUACAGUGCAGUGAUACUGUGUGUAGUGUGUACUGUGCAGUGAGGCUGUACAUAGUGUGUACAGUGCAGUGAUACUGUGUGUAGUGUGUACUGUGCAAAUGAGGCUGUACAUAAUGUGUACAGAGCAGUGAGGUUGCUGUGUGUACAGUGCAGUGAGGCUGCAGCCUGGAGCUUCUGCCUUGUCACCACUCACCAGUGCAACAUGCCAGUCAGAUACUGUAGUGUCAGGCAUUUUCCCUAAUUAAUUCACCCCUCACUGCAAAGUUGAACAUGUUCCAUCUUCAGGGAAAACAAAGCUGAUGAUUCAGUGCAUGCUACACCCAUGAACAUAGCCCCAAACUAUGCCUUGCUGACACCUCUCAAUUAUUUAGGGCUAUUAAAUACAAGCUCACCCACCACCUUUUAUAUUUAAAUUAUUACUAUUAAACACCAGCAGUAUUUUAUAUCUCAUUCUAUUUUUUUUAAUUCUGUAUUUAGUAAUUUCUAUAUCUGUUUGUAAUUGACACAGCCAGGGUGAGAGAUCCCCCACCCCUUACUAACCAUGAAUAGGAAGAUAGGAAGGAGUCCCAGAGCCUCUGUCCAGUGAACCCCGUGUUAUAAUCCUGGAGCACAGUGUGUGGUGGCUGUCAGUGUGCUGUGUAGAAGGAGCACAGUGUGUGGUGGCUGUCAGUGUGCUGUGUAGAAGGAGCAGUGUGUGUCUGUGUGCUCUGUAGAAGGAGCAGCGUGUGUCUGUCACUGUGUGUGUGUGCCAGUGUGUGCUGACAGCCAGCAGCCCGGACGCGUUGCAGUAAUUGCCUGUGCCCGCGGGGUAUUUUGUCCCAGCCGGCUCUCGGUCAGGGAGAUGGGAGAAGGCAUGUCUAAGAGGCUGAGGCUGCAGCUCGGUGGGGAAGCGGAGAUGGAGGAGCGCUCUUUUAACAACCCCUAUCCGGACUACCGCCCCCCACAGCCCGCCACGGGGGAGCCGGAGGAAGAAGACACCUACCUGGGAGAGGAAGCCUCAGGGGAGCUGGACCUACCGUUUGACAGAGAUGGCAAGAUCACCAGCAGAUUUUCAAGGCGGCUCCAAGCAAAAAUUAGUGACUUGCUUCAACAAAUGGAAGAAGGGCUUAAGACUGCAGAUCCACAUGACUGCUCAACAUACACUGGAUAUACAGGCAUAGUCCUCCUCUACCUGCAGCUGUACCGUGUCACCCAGGAGGAAUCCCAUCUUCAGCGGUCACUGGACUACGUGAAAAGGAUACUACGGAACCUGAAUGGCAGAAAAGUCAGCUUUCUUUGUGGUGAUGCUGGACCCCUCGCUGUGGGAGCAGUCGUACAUCACAAACUGCAAAACCAAGCUGAAGCAAACGAUUGCAUCACAAAGCUACUGCAGUUGCAGAAAGGAGUGAUCAGCACAGAUUCGGAGCUCCCAGAUGAGUUACUCUAUGGUAGAGCAGGUUACCUCUACGCACUUCUCUAUGUAAACACCGAGAUUGGCCCAGACACUGUACCCCAGGCUACAAUUAAAGAGGUCACGGAUGCCAUUAUCGAAUCUGGGAAAAACCUGUCAAAAGAAGAGCACAAGACUGAGCGCUGCCCCCUGCUGUAUCAGUGGCACAAAAAAUAUUAUGUAGGAGCAGCACAUGGCUUAGCAGGAAUUUACUUCAUGCUAAUGCAGCCUUUAUCAAAAGUUGAACAAGAUACAUUAAAUGAACUGGUGAAGCCAAGCAUAGACUAUGUGCGUCACAAGAAAUUUCGAUCUGGAAAUUAUCCAUCCUCCUUAAGCAAUGAAACAGACAGACUGGUGCAUUGGUGCCAUGGAGCACCAGGAGUCAUACAUAUGCUAAUACAAGCUCACAAGGUUUUUAAAGAGGAAAAGUACUUAAAAGAUGCAAUGGAAUGCAGUGAUGUCAUCUGGCAGAGGGGACUUCUGCGGAAGGGCUAUGGUAUAUGUCAUGGUACCUCUGGGAAUGGGUACUCCUUCUUAUCACUGUAUCAUCAUACACAGGACAAGAAGUAUCUCUACAGAGCCUGCAAGUUCGCCGAGUGGUGUUUAGACUAUGGAAAACAUGGGUGCCGUAUUCCUGAUAGACCAUAUUCUCUCUUUGAAGGAAUGGCUGGUGCUCUCCACUUCCUGUCAGACAUUUUGUCCCCAGAAAAGUCACGCUUUCCUGCAUUUGAGCUUUGAUCAUGUGGCAGGGUGGAGUGGUGACAGGAUUUAUCCCUGUGACGUUUCAGAAGAUGAAAUGCUUUGGACAAAGUGUUACUGUCCAAAGUUUCUCAAUAUGCUACUGCUUUGAAGAACGUUUCGUGAUGAUUAACUGUGAAGGACAUUCUAGAAGUUGUGCCAUCACGGAUGUCCUGAACUGAGACUACAUGGAGGCCACAAAGCUUUUAUUGUAUUUUGCAAAAGCUUAUUAACUUAUGUUUCCUUUUCCCUUAUGUACAAGAAAUAUGCAACAUUGGUGUGCAAUUUUCAGAAUAAUUGUAGAGAUAUGUACUCGUAACAUGUAACAUGUAACAUGCAGUUUAUUUAUUUGGUACAUGCCACACCUUGAAAUAACCUCCAUAUUGGAAAUGAGAUCAAUCCCAAAACAUAUUUACCAGAAAUUCUCACAAUAGCAACUGAGGUGCAUACCGUGCAUUUAACCUGUUUAUUUAUAUACAGUUAUUUUUAUUAUCAUUUAUCAUUCCAUAGGAUUCACAGUUUUACAGAGGAUAUAUAAAGGUAAUGAUAUUAGAACCG